AUGUCGUUCUUUCAAAACCAGAACGAUGUGGAGACGCGCUUGUGCACGGCGGUCAAUGCCGCUAUCGAGGCCAGAAAUGCCGAUGAGCUGCAAGCGAUCGUACUUUUAGAGCCACCUUUUCCGCCAGACCACCAGGAGCUCAUUGGAUCAUUGCAACGAAAGUAUCCAGAAAACGACACUGCCUCGGAGCAACGGCUUGCGCAAUUGAUCAAGAGAGUGGUCACCGAGACAGAUGAGUCCCAAGAUGAAGAAGGAAGACCUGUGCAAUCAUGGAGCGCCAUGGUCACCUUUCUCGUCAGGUGGAUGACCUUUUUGCGAGAUAUGGACCCAACGAACUUUGUACAGCUCUUUCAGUUAUUGAGUGACCUUCAGCAACAAGCGAACAGUGCACUACAACAUCCUAUCAAAGGCAUAUUGAUGCUUCCGACUAUCAUGAACUAUGCGAAAGCGUUUGCGCGGAUAGCCGUGGGACUUGACAAGGAACCUGAGCUCAUUCAACACCUGAUUGCUGAUUCAGUCGAUGACGAGGGUAAAAGAGAGUCGCUUCCAGAAAAGGCCGCCAACACCGUUCGCCAGGCGUUCAUCAUCUGUCUGAAUGACCGAAAUACCGUGCCUGGGGGUAUUCGAGACGGUAAGCCUGAUGGUAAAAAGAUUGGAAUCUACAAGAUGGCGAACAUCUGUUUAAAGAUCCUCUUUCAAGCCGACAAACCAGAAAGCUGUGAGACUAUCUUCAGAAACAUAAUGAAUUCGUCACCACCACUACAUAUCUACCCAGCUGCAGAACGCAUCACGUACCUCUACUACCUCGGACGCUAUCGCUUCGCCAAUACAGACUUUUACGCAGCACAGCUAGUGCUACAAAAAGCUUACGAUGACUGUCUCCCCCAGUUCAUAAGGCAGCGUCGUUUAAUCCUCGUCUAUCUGGUUGCCGCCAACGUCAUUCUUGGACGGUUCCCCACCGAACAUGUCUACAAUCGCCCAGAAGCCAGUGGCUUUCGCGAAGUUUUCACUCCUAUCACACAGGCUAUUCGCAAAGGGGAUCUCGAAACCUUUCGUCGCAUCACAAAUCUUGACUUGACACACUCAAGCGCGGACUUCCUUUUUCACUACCGCAUCUUCUAUCAGAUCGGAAAUUAUUGCGAAGUCCUUGUGUGGCGUUCACUUAUUCGAAGAGUGUUUGUGCUAGGUGGAGCUCAGGGAGGGACAGCUCAAUCGGCCGCAGUUCUUGAUCUCACUGCAGUUCUUUGCAUAUUUCGCUUUCUUGAGGCCCGUGCCAAGAUCAAGAACGCCGCAAUGGCCGCCCAAGACCUUGGUCCUGGCCGUCGCAACUUUGGCCACAUAUUUCAAGACCACACAUCAACGACCAGGGACACGUACAUCGACCCGGAUUUUGCUGGGAUGGAACGGAUCGAACCGUACAACCACGAAAUUGACGCCCUCGAGAUUGAAUGUAUAUGCGGAAGCCUGAUUACACAAGGUCUAUUGAAUGCAUAUAUCAGCCCAAAGACGGCGAAGUUGGCUAUUUCGGGUGCGAGACGACCGGGCGGUUCAUUGAAACACGGGUUUCCGCAGCCGUGGCAGGUGAUCAAGGAGAAAAACAGUGAUGAUGUGCUCGGGUGGAAAAGAGAUAGCGGAAGUCAGGCACAGGGACAGGUUGUGAGGCUUUCAGGAGCUAGACCGGCUGGGUCGUAA